AUGAGUUUAGUGGUUGGAUCUCUUGUUUGGUUGGAGGAUCCCGAAGAAGCUUGGAUAGAUGGUGAAGUUGUGAAGGUUAAAGUUGAACAGAUCGAGGAGGGUUUGGAUCGCAAUAGCUUCCUCUUCUCCUUCCAUCCUCUGUGGGUUGGGUGGUUCAGUAGUUCAAAUAUUGUGGCUUUCCGCAAUGCGAAGGAUUCUGCCCUUUUCAUUUGCGAAGAGCUGGCGAAGAUCGACGGCCAAAUCAUUGACAUUUUCCGUGCAUUAUCAAAUUCAAGUCUAAUGCUAGUGUUUGGAUUCCUUCCAAUUCCAAGCACCCAGAGUUACAUGGGGUUGAAGAAAUUGGGUGGGAGAAGAAAUCUGGGUGGGGGGGAAGAAAUCUUCAAGGGGGAAGAAAUUGGGGGAGAGGAAUAA